AUGGCGGCGGUGGUGCCUGAUCGCAUGAAGGCGGCGUGUCCUGACGUCCAGCAAUUCGCGAAGAGAGCGGCCCAGUUGCAGAAGUUCCGGCCGAUCGUCAGCUACUGGUGCGAAUACUACAUCCUCCAACUUAUCCUCGCCAAGAAUCUCCACACCGCCGAUGAAGAGUGCGCCCAGUACGCCGCCCAGUUAAUGGACAAGCUGGAACAGUACAAGGAUGCGAACAAGGGCAACGAUGCUAUAGAAGACGAGGUCGCGUCAAAAGCAUAUAUUGAGAACUUCGCGCUGGAAACACUCAACAAGGGCGAAAAGGCGCAGACAACGAACACAGUGUCAAAGGCAACACCUGAUACAUUCCAGGCAGCAAUGACCUUCAUGGAGCUGUUGAACAUAUGGGGGCCCCUCGAGCCUGAAGUGCGUGAAAAGAUAAAAUAUGCAAAAUACCACGCCGUGAGGAUAGCGAGGGCGUGCAAAGAAGGAACGGAUCCAAAUUUGACGAACCCGGUUGUGGAGCAGCCGGCCCAGCAAGAUCAGAUCAUGGAAGACGGCAUUGAAGAGGAGUUGAAGAAUUUGGAGAACGAUGCGGGUGUGUACAAGCAACCAACUGUUGAGAGUGCGCCCGAAAGUGCUCUGCCUUCCAGGCCAGAGUCUACGCUUCAUCAAGAUCAACCACGGCUGCCACUCGGAACAGCAGAUGAGAACGCCGCACCCCAGGAGCCAGACAUUUCGCCUAUCGAUCCAGCAGACAAUGCCAACAGUAGAGCGGGUUCCGUUGGUGGUGGCUACUUCCCUUCAGUACCAGACGCUCCCUCGAAUGUCAACAGCGCUGGGCCAGUCACGCAACCGCCAUCGUCGACGCAAACGUUCACCACUUCGGACCUGGCCGAUUUCUACAGCCAGCCCACAGCACAGCAACAUACUGCACCUCCUCCAGCUGAUCUCGGCCGACCGAGUGCACCGACUCUUCAUCAAGCGACAGUCGGCCCACCAUCCGUGCCUCACAUACCUUCGCCAUCUCCUGCGAUGCCGCCGCCGCCGCCGCCGCCGCCGCUCGUCCAAGCCGCACCUGCGCCAGUUCAGUCGAUACCGCCGCAAACUGCACAUGGCGGUCCACCACCAGGUGGCUACCGGACCGACGACGACUCAAUCAUGGCAGCACAAAAGCAUGCGAAGUGGGCCAUCUCGGCUCUCAACUUCGAGGACGUCAACACCGCCGUGAAGGAGUUGAGAAUCGCGCUGAAUAGCCUGGGAGCUAGCUGA